AUGACAUUAGAUCGUUUAUCUGUGAGUUUUGAAUUACCGAAAUCUGUAAUUUAUUCAGUUAUUUGUCGAAUGAUCAUCAAUCAAGAAUUAGCUGCCUCUUUGGAAGUUCCUAGUGAUGCAUUAAUAAUGCAUAAGACAGAACGUUCACGUCUUCAGGCUCUUGCUUUACAACUAAGUGAUAAAGUCAAUAGUAUAGUUGAAAUGAAUGAUAAACUAAUUGAAUCACGUACUGGUGGUUUGUCCGGUUUGAAAGGUUCUCAGUCCUAUCAAGGAACACGUCGUGUGGGGGCUCGUUACGCAUUGAAUAAAUUUAAAUGA